GCUUGUACAUGCGAUGCUGUGACCUGUACCGUGGUAAAGCAGGACCCUCCAGUUCUGAGGUUGUGAUCCACCUCUAACCCGGUCAGGUGAAGCCGGAGGAAAUGGGGCUUUUUUUCAGCCCCCAUUGGGGGAGGCGCACGCUGCGGCCCGGUAGGUUCUCGGCGAGAAGAUGCACCGCUGUUCUGCCACCCAUCGCAUCGCACACAGCCAGCAGUUCACAGGGUGGUCGACCUGACUAACUGAAACCGCAGAGCUCACGCAUCUCAGGAAGCGAGGCUCCCCGUCGCCGGGACCGGACCCCACGCUCGUCCUUUGACCCGCGCCGCCCUCGGCCUCCGCGGACUCGGAGACCUCUGGCGGAGGCUUGGAAACGGCUCUGUCGUCACACAGACGGCAGCGAGGGCGGAUGCCAGGAAGAGCAGUCAUAGUGGCCCGCGUGCGCUCUCCUGAAAUAACUGCACGCGCCAUCGGUGACGGGAAAAACGAAUGUCAUACCUCUAAAAAAAAGCUGGAAUGCGUAUCCAGUGAGUUGCCCUGAGGCUCAGCAGGAAGAUGUCGAAGAUAUAACCUGACAAUGGAGGUUCUGGAGUCCGGUCGGGAUCGCCGAAGAACAUGGGAGACCCCGACCCCACCCCACCCCAGGAUGCGCGAUGUCGUCUUUCGGUCAGCCGGCCGUCGAGUGUCUAAGGAAGCGGACUUUCGGGAGUCACGAGCCGAAGCGGCAGAGCUCCGGAGCACCGGGACGGGAUGUUCGAGCCGCGUAGUUCGAACCCUAAAAGGUGCCCAGCUGUAUCGGAGUGAUGUCGGUCCCCGGAGGUGUUCCUGAGGUCCCCUGCCCACGUCCUCCGGUUGGGAUCCGCCUCCGGGUGGGGCGCGGGUGGAGACGCCCGGGCCGAGAGUGGCGCCGAGCGCGAGGAAACGCUGAGGCAACCCUGCAGUCUUGAAAAGGUCAGAGCACCCAGGAAGUAGUCCUCCACACACACACACACACACACACACAAACACACACACGCAAACACGCUGAGACUCGCGCCGGCGACAGAGGCUCGUCACAAGUGCAUGGGGAGCUCGGCAAGGUGCGUCUCGGCUCCUCUCCGUCACGACCAUGAUCAACACCUACACCACGAGCUACGUCCCCCCGCCGGUGCCCCCCAGGCUGGGCGGCAGGGCCCCUUCGAAAGGCUGCUCCGCGUCGCUGGUGUGGUUCCUCUCCACGAUGCUAGCGAUCCACAUGGCCGGCUGCCUCGCCGCGUUCGUCUACCUGUACCACAGGAGCGCCGAGUUCCAGAACACGUUCCAAGGCACGUACCACGAAGACCUGAUGGUGCUGAGAAGACUCCAGGAGUGUGAAGACGGCCCGUCGGGUUCCACCACGCUGCUCGACUGCAAGAAGAUCCUGGACACAUACAAGAACAUCGUAGCAAAGAUUUCACAAGCAGAAGGAAGAGCGGACCCACGCCUGGGCGCGGUGCCAUUCCGCAAUUCCGCCGCCGUGGCCCACAUGGUCGUGAACCCGGAAAAAAGCCGCUCCGCGUCUGACGCAACGCUGAGGUGGAACCGCGAACACUCCCUGCUCGUGAACGUGGACUACCUGCAGGUGCCCAGCACGCUGAAGAUCCGCGCCGCCGGGGACUACUACGUCUACUCGCAGGUGACCUUCUCGCAAAAAGUGCCCAGAAUCCCGCUGGUGCAACGAAUUCUACGCCGGAGGACUUCCAACGGGGAGAAAACGGAAGACGUGCUCCUCCAGUCCUUCUGUGGGAUGAAGGGCGACGGCGAGGCGUGCACGUCUUUCCAGGGCGGCGUAUUCCGCCUGGAGAAGGGACAGGAGCUCCUGCUCGACGUGAGCCGGAUGAGCCUGCUCAACUUCGACCCGACCGCUACCACCUUUGGAUUGUUCAUGGUGUAAAGCGACCUCCGCAGAGAGGCCUCGAACCGGGGUCUCCCUCCCUC